GUCUCACCCUCACUACUAUAUACUGAGAGGGAAGGGGGGAGUGGGGGAGCGAGGGAGACACGGAUGGCCGCCGGCAGCGGGAAGCAGCGGUGGGCCGGCGCCGUGAAGCAGGUCACGAAGUCCAACUUCGCCGCCGCCCUACAGCAGCUCAGGACCGACGUGGACAGCGCCGACUUCGUCGCCAUCUCCUGCCGCAAGACCGGCGACUCCGUCGCCUCCUCCCGCCGCCACCCGUGGCACCGCGUCCUCCCCAUCGACACCCCCGAGGUCGCCUACCUCAAGGCCAGGCUUGCGGCCGAGUCGUACGAGAUCCUCCAGUUUGCCGUCUGCCCCUUCCGCCUCCGAGGUUACAAAGUCCUCGCUUACCCGUACAACUUUCACUUAUUUCCUAGGGAUGAAAUAAAUUUGGUUGCACCUUCCUAUUCCUUCUCAUGUCAAACUUCAUUCCUGACGUCUAUGGCUCAAGAAGGUUUUGAUUUUAAUGCCUGCAUAUAUGAUGGGAUUUCAUACUUAUCCCGAGUACAAGAAUCUAUUGUCAAGGAAAGAAAUCCCAUCCCUCAAAUACAACCAGUAUCAUCGUUUUCAAGCCUCUCAGUUGCUGAUUCAAUUUUUAUGUCCAGAAUUAAGUCAAGAGUUGUGCACUGGUGGAAUGUUUGUAAAGAAUCGAGUAACACAAUUGAUGAGGAUUUGAUCAAGUCCCUGCGAAAGCUCAUCUCAGGUACUGAACUAUAUGGUUCGAGGCCUUCCAUGAGCAUCAGUGUCUGCAGUGAUCGUCAAGUUCAGUUGGCUCUGCAGACUGUCAGUCAUAUUCAUGAUAACAUUGUACCUCUGGUUGUUCCAGACAAAUCUGGAGGACCUAAGGCUGUACGUAUAGUGCUGACUAGCUCAGAGGAGGAUAAAAAUCUUCUCAUGACCGAGAUUCAAAAUCUUGAAAAUGAGCAGAACCUGAGAGUUCGGGGAUUCCGGGAAGUGAUUGAUGUGAUUUCCUCUUCCAAUAAACCAGUCAUUGGUUAUAACUGUCUACAUGAUUUCACAUUUAUUCACUCAAAGUUCAUUGCCCCUUUGCCCCCAACUCUCUUUGAAUUUAUGUGCUCCUUGAGGUUGGUAUUCACUAACAUAAUUGAUAUCAACCAUCUGUCUAAGGAAAUUGGCCCUUUGAGAAAAGCAAAGAAUCUACCUGCCACUCUUAGUUACUUGAAGAGGCAAUUCUUUAUGCCUAUUGAUAUCGAACUCCCUCCAAAAGCCGCUGAAGAAAAGAGCAACAAGGCCAUUCAUGGAAAUAAUGUUCUGCAAAUAACUUAUUUAUUUGCAGCACUCAGUGCAUUACUAAAACUGAAUCCUGAUGGUCAACUUCCUCAAGGACAGAACAUCAUGCCCAUUGAAGAUUAUUCAAAUAUCUUUUAUCCCAUAUGCACUAGCCUACAGGAACCUGAUGAUGAGCUUAAUUAUCUGAUGGAACAUGCCAAGAAAUCGAGCACUGGUAACUUAGUGUUUUUGUGGGGAUUUAGUCAUUUGAUUUCUUCUAAGGAGCUAAAACGUGAGCUACAACAAAUUCAUGAGGUGUUCACAGAAGAUUUCGAGUUACAGUUGAUGGAUGAGACUUGUGCAGCUGUUGUCUUUUCCAGAUCAGGUUUGGCUGAGGCUUUACUGAUGGAAAUGGGAUCAGGAAAGUUUUGUUCUGAUGCUUUGUCAACGAAGACAUCAGGGCUGAGAGCAGCAGGGUAUGACGCUUAUCGAAAGGUUUGCAUGUCCGGUCUUUGGGAGGCAUACUUGGCUGAUUCCUUGGAGAAUAUACUGUCCGGGUCAACCAAUAGUCUGUCAGCAUCUUCCGAGAAAGAUUCAUCUGAGGUUUACUGGAGAAGUGAGUCAACAAUUGAUCUAAGUGAUCUCUAGGAAAAUUAUCUUAUCGUCGGACUUGAGUUUGGUUUUGAGAUAUCCAAGCAAAGAACAAAUCACCAAUACAGAAAGGAAUUAUGAGAUAGUAAAACCAACUUUGCAGAGAAACUUCAUGGUUUCCCUUAUCGGUGUUGAAGCCCAUACCAUUGUGGAAUGCCUAGCUUCUGUACGUUGAUUUACUUACAAAAUUUUGACCAAGUGAUGCUUUAUAACACCAAAAUGAAAUUUUAGGUAAUUUAGGCAUUUGUAAAUGUGCAUUUCAUUGUAGCAUCAUCUUCAAAGUUUUGUAGAAAAUUCAGAUUAAUAGUUGAUCAUCCGAUUACCAAAAGUCAUACUGUUUCCUAGUAAGAAUCAUGUACUUGUUCAGCAUAAAAUGAUGAUUAUUCA